AUUAUUAUUUGAAGAAAUAAACUUCUUUCUGACUACUUUUUACCAUAGUCAAAAGAACUGUCAAUGUCACUGUCAUUAUUUUCGUUCUUUCAAAGGAAAUAGUAAAAUCUAUAAAGAAAUAAUAUAAAUUCUCAGUGAAAAUGUCCGUUAUAAAUAUGUAGAGAAAGUUAUUAAAAAAAUUGCAAAAGUUUAGCAUGAUGGCUUGCGGGGUGUGCGAACACUGUCAGAAUCCUGUCUCCAGGGACGAGGUCACUAUGCGAGAGGGGUUCAGUUACCACAAGAGAUGUCACAAGUGUUACGUGUGCAGCGAGACAGAUCUGCUGAACGCGGAGGUGUUUCAAGGCGUGAUAUUCUGUUCGGGAUGCGCGCAGAGGAUCUUCCAGGGUUGCGCCACGGCUCGCAGGACCAAGAACAUGCAUAACGGCAGGAGCAAGAGGACCAGGUCCAAGUCUCAUAAGAGAAGAGAAAGACCAAGGUUUCCAGAGCCUAGAAGACUUGGCGAUGGGAGUAGAGAUGGAGUCAUAGAAAUGGCGGGCUUAGGAGGUUCUACAACAGACUCUGAUGAUUUAAAGAAACAGAAGCGGAAACCAAGUGCACCAACGAUACUGAAAGAAAUAGCUGCACCAAGAAAGGAAGUUCACGAAGAAAACUGCUACUACUUGCAACGGAUGAAGGAGAUGAAAAAAGAUAGCACAGAAAUGGGCACAACCACAGAUGUAACUCAAGAACUGUUGAGACAAAUCAAUUGUCCCGUACCGGAGUGCAGAGCACCACAUGUCAGUGACCCCUGUCACUUUCCCAGAACGCACGUUCACAGGAGGAAAGAAAUGUACGAAUCGGAACGUAAACCAACUUGCAGCGAUCUAAGAAUUGCUGAAUUGGGAGCCUCAACUGAAAUAGCAAAUAUGACGCUACGGAAGAAAUCCGAGCUGCCGGUCAUUAUCAAGUCAGAUACAAGGAUGAGACCUCGAGAAUCUUACAGUCUUUCGAUACUUAAUCAAGAAUCAGAUAUAUCAGGCGACGGACAAGAUUGGUUGGACUCAAACUAUACUUUGAAAGAUUCGCAAAGAACAAGAUGGAUGGACAGAAAACUUGGAAGUAUUAUGAGAUUACCGAUAAACUUCUUUAAAAGAAAUAUACUGGAACGGAGUUCUCUUAUUAGUAUUCUCAUGAGCAGCAGUGAUGAAAAGUCUGUAAAUCUGUACAAAAGACUGAAAGAAAUAUUUGUGGAAGAGGUCACAGAACAUCAAGCCCGAGGCGUCACAAGAUUGUAUUCAACCAUAAAUCGUAGGAAAAGACCCUAUAAACUUGGAUGGGUGGAGUUAGUGGCGAAAGUUUCAAAAGUAUUGCUGGAUCAGCAAGAGCAACAGAAACAGCUACGCAGCAAGCAGAUGAAACGAUGCAAACACUUCAAGACUUCUCAUAGCUACCGAUGCAUGAGAGCCCAGGUCAUGAAACUAGCUGGACCUACCAAAAGCGAGCUGGCAUGCUACCGAAACAAGAUAAAGAAAUUCGUUGCUCCACAGUUUCUGAGAAACAUAGUCACUAGUAUUGUGUCUUUUCUCUUUCUAGAUAAAAACUAUCCAGCGAUCAAAAUGUCACAGUGUUGCGGCAGUGACAGGAAACCAGAAUGAUGAGCAACGAUAUCUUACACACAUACACACACACACACACACAGAAAAUGCAGUAUAAAGUGUAUUCAAUUGUGUUUAUGUUGAGAAAUAAAAUACAAAAUGUAGGUAUCAUUUAUUUA